AUGAGUGCUUGCAACUAUAAGGCGAAUAAUGAAGGAAAUUCACACCUGCAAUAUGAGUAUGUUGUUGACUGUGCUGUCGAUGUCCUGGGUCUCAGUGAGACUUGGCUAACCCCAGAUAUUGAUUCCUCCUCAGUAUUUAUCAACGACUUCAAUGUCGUUAGAGCAGAUCGAAAUAGCAGAGGCGGGGGCGUCGCGUUUUAUGUGAGAAAUGGUAUUGCCUUCAAAAUAUUGCACUCUAAUAUCACCGCAGUAUUGGAAGAACUUUGGAUCUCUGUAAAGGUUAAUCAACGCAAAUAUUGUCUAGCUAUAGUCUACCGUCCACCAUCGGCAAACGUGCUUGACUGUUUUCAUCAAUUAACUGAGUCUUUAACCAACCUUUCACUCGAUAAUGAUUACGCAAUUGUCAUGGGCGAUUUUAAUAUUAAUGUUUUAGUGAACGACGGCCGAUCCGAGAUGCUGAACUGUUUUCUUGAGUCUUUUGAUCUGUCUCAGUUAGUGAAAGAGCCCACACGUAUAACUUUCAAUAGCCAGACAGCUAUAGACUUGCUCAUGGUUAGCUCUGCUGAUAUAAUAAGUGGUUAUGAAGUUGUUGACGUAGAUGGAAUAUCUGACCAUCUAGCCCUAAUAUUUUAUGUAGAUGCAUCGGAGAUAAGCAACCUAUGUAAACUGAGAUUCAUAAUGAUUACCUCGUACUCGCGAGGAUAUCCUCCAAGAAGAUGCAAAAGGUUGACUGUCUGUGAAUUUCUCCAUAUUCUGGAAUCAUGCACUGAUCCAGGCCAACUGACAUCAACACUUGUGAACAUCUCUCUGGCAUCACAAGUGACUUGCACAUUUAAGCUUCAAGGGAGAGGCAAAGAAAUAGUAGAAAUGGUAUCUGAUAUAAAAGCGUUUAUCAAAAAACUUGAGUAUUGGGAACAAUUCUUGAUCGAUGUCGAUACCAGGCAUCUUCCCGUACUCUCAGAAAAGAUACCUGAACGACCAUUAGAACCAUAUGAUAGUAAAUAUACUCUAGAAAUAGUCUCUAGCUUAAAGGAUAACUUCAAAAAUCGUUUCAAGGAUUUCAACGAAAAUGCUUUAGUGGCGCAAUUUGUUGUUUCACCCUUCAUGGAAAUUGAUAUCAAACAGUUUGCAACUUCUGUUACGCAGAAUCUUAGCGUAGACGUCGCUGCGACAGAAAUGGAAUCAGAAAGCCGCGAAGAGACAAUACAACAGUAUUUCUAA